ACCCGACGUGGGCUCGCCUUGCCCUCGAUUCGUCGAGCACACUGUCUCGCCACCACCCGGCGACGGAUAUGUCGGCGGCGCGUUUCUCGACCGCAUCUGCGCCCAUCAUGAAGCUUGGUCUUUCUGCGUCAUCAGCUUUCCGGAGACUACUCUCAGGCUCUCGUUCUCUCCUCCCCAUCCCGCCCUUCCCUCCCCUCGUUCAAUUCCAAUCCCCACGCAGAGGGCUGUGCCAAGUUGCGCUCGCCGUGAAGCCGGCGGCGGGGGCGGAAUCGGGCCUCAAAGGGAUCGGCGACAGGAAUGCGGCUGAGGCCGUUAAGAACAUUCUCGAAAUGGCAAGACGUUCCUUGACAAGAAGAGAGGUUAUCCAUACAGACUUUCUCACUCCACCCGUUCUAAGGGAGUCUCUUCUUGCACUGGAGAAGCUGGCUGAUGUGAAAGCUGUAGCUCAGGGUGGUUAUCCUGAGGCUGAACGUUGCCGCCUCUCAGUUGGACAUCCAGAUGUCAUGCAAACUGACCCAGAUGUUGUCUCUGCCUUGAGCAUCACGGGGAACUUCAAUUUUGAUGGUUGCUCUCAUGGUGACUUUCUUGGUGCAAUUCUUGGCACAGGGAUUGCUAGAGAGAAAGUUGGAGAUAUUCUAGUGCAGGGUGAAAAAGGGGCCCAAGUCCUUAUUGUUCCAGAACUUACUGAGUUUGUUGUGUCAUCCAUGGAUAAGGUUGGUAAUGUGACUGUGACUUGCACACCUAUACCGUUGCUUGCUUUGGAGUAUGAGCCUUCAAGGACUAAAACAUCCAAAACUGUUGAAGCAUCCUUGAGAGUUGAUGCAAUUGCUAGUGCUGGAUUUAAGAUAUCUCGAACAAAGCUUGUAGACUUGAUCAGCAAUGGGGAUGUGCGAGUUAACUGGGCACCGGUGACAAAAAAUGGAGCCACACUAAAAACAGGAGAUGUAGUUUCUGUUAGUGGGAAAGGAAGGUUAAAGAUUGGGGAGAUAACAGAAACAAGGAAAGGAAAAUACGCAGUCGAGUUGAUCCGCUACCUGUAGGCCGCCAUUGCUGAUGGGCAUGGCUUUCCUCGCUCAGAAGUUCUACUGCUGGUUCGAGAUAUCUCACUACACCGGCACCGAAACCAGCAGCAUUCAUCAAGAAAAUGCUCACAUUCUUGAAGAUCUUACUAUUUUGAUCAUUUUUCCCCCUCGUCUGCUUAAUGCUUGCUGUUUGUAGAUUCUUGUGGGCAGUUAUCGACAGUUAAAUGAGGGUUAGUCAUGAAUCUUUAGCCUCCGAGGAAAGAACUGUUCAUUGUUCUUAUUGGCUUGCUAAAUUCAGUAUUUCAUAUGUUUUAUUUGUUAAACUAAAGAAAUUAUUUUUA